GUAACUCAGCCACAGAGGAUAGGGUGCCCCUUGUCGCGCGAUAGGGGAGGAUCACCUUUUGUCAUUGAUAAAUGCAUAAAUUAGUUGUAGCAACCAAGUCAAAAUUUAGAACCACCCACUUUAUUAGAGCUGUUGGAUUUCAUUCGAGCCGUCAUAACUUUGUCUCUACAAAAGAGCAACCAGACAUUUCACCGCUAGGCAAGAUUAGCAGUAGCAUAAACUCGAUAAAGAACAGCAUUUUAGAGACAACUCCACUAAAGCAAUUAGUUGAAGAAGAGACACCGUUUACAGGGCACCCCGAGAAUUGGAGUCAGGCCAUACGGGAAGCUCAGAGCCUGGUAGGAGAAACAGAUAAGGAACGUGCAAUUGACCCUACCAAACUGGUAGGAAGAGAUUUGGGCGAGAUCAAGUCAAAUAUUGCCAAACUUCUCUACAGUGGCCACCCAUUUUUAAAUAGAGUAGCAAAACACUAUUUCAGCGGUGAAGGAAAGCAUGUGAGGCCUUUAUUAGUUCUUUUGAUCGCUCAAGCUACGAGUAUUGCAGAAAAGAAGCCUUCAAAACAAAACACGGAUUACAUCUCAAUAGAUAUGCCUAUAUCACAUGGAUUGCAGAACAUCAUAUCAAAUGGCGUAUUUGACAAACAUGUACAUUAUACACCUUCUGUGACUGAUCAAGGUUGCACUAUAUUACCAACACAAAGACGGCUAGCAGAAAUUUCAGAAAUGAUACACACAGCUUCUUUGUUGCAUGAUGACGUGAUCGAUGCUUCCAUGACACGGCGAAAUUUACCUUCAGCAAAUGCUAGCUUUGGUAACAAAAUGGCUGUGCUCGGAGGUGAUUUUUUAUUAGCGCGUGCUUCCGUAGCCUUGGCUCGGUUACGUAAUGCUGAAUGCAUCGAAUUGAUGUCGACCUGUAUUGCUAAUCUAGUAGAAGGUGAAUUUAUGCAACUACGCAACACAAAGGACGAACAAGGAACUGAUAAAGUGAAAAAACUCAGCACAUUUGACCAUUACAUGAAAAAGACAUAUAUGAAAACUGGAAGUUUGAUCGCAUUAAGUUGUAAAUCAUCUGCUGUGCUGGGCAACGUGACAGAUGAAGUAGCUAAUGUCGCUUUUGACUUUGGAAAAAAUCUGGGUUUGGCAUUCCAGCUUGUUGAUGAUAUGUUGGAUUUUACAGUGACUGCUGCUGAACUUGGUAAGCCUGCUGGUGCAGAUCUUAAGCUAGGUUUGGCUACAGCACCUGUUUUGUUUGCUUGGGAAGAAUAUCCAGAGUUAGAGCCAUUGAUUAAGCGUAAAUUUUCAGAAAAGGGCGAUGAAGAAAGGGCGAGAGAUUUAGUUUAUAAAAGCGAUGGUCUAAAAAAGACCCUAGAUUUAGCAACAUUGCAUUGUGGAUAUGCAAUCGACGCUCUUAAUAAGCUUCCUUCUUCUGAUGCAAGAUCUGCUCUUAUUCAAAUUACAGAAAAGUUAUUAACAAGAAAGUCAUAA